AUGAAACCAGUCCGUCGUGGUGUUAAGGAACUUAGCAUGGUGGUCAGAAUGUUCCAAGUACCAGUUACCAAUGUGUCGGUUCGUGUUGAGAUUUGUCGACGUGGUUAUACCACACAAUCGUUAGUCAAUUUCGAAAUUGAUUGCUGCCAGUUUUGGCUAACUAAAAGGCGUAAUCCCAUGGCUCAUGCGGUCUACAAGUUCUUCCGCUUGGAUACAUAUAGCAAUUUAAAUCACUCCUGUCCAUACAAUAACGACCUGAUUAUAGAUCAUCUGCCGUUUGAUAAGGAUUUGAAGCUACUUAUACCUAUCGGAAGAGGGGAAUAUGUGAUGAAAAUGUAUUGGAAGAUCCACAAUGUCCUGCGCUGUACAAUCGACGUUAAUUUGCAAAUUGCUGAUUGA